AAAAAAUAUCUGCAGUAGCAACACCUUCAAGAUUCCUCUACAAAGUUUUGGUAUUUCGGUAGGGAAUUAGAAAGAUUAUUCUAGGCUAUCUCUGAGAUGCCCUUAGUGUGAUAUACUUUAUCCUAAUUGGCCGCACUUCAAGCCAUGAGAGUAUGAAGAAUUGUCACCCACCCUCAUGGGCUGGCUGUAACUUUUGUGGAAGUUCAGUCCAGUGGCUGCAUGCCUAGGCCACCAAAGCAUUCUGUGUGGGCUGUGGCAGCAGGCAAGGCUGAGCGACAUGUCCAGGGCGCAGAUCUCAGCUCUGGUGUGUGGUGUUGGAGGCUUUGGUGCUCUCGUUGCUGCCACCACAUCCAACGAAUGGAAAGUGACCACUCGAGCAUCGUCUGUGAUAACUGCCACCUGGGUUUACCAGGGUCUGUGGAUGAACUGCGCAGGUAACGCUCUGGGCUCCUUCCACUGCCGGCCACAUUUCACUAUCUUCAAAGUAGAAGGUUACAUCCAGGCAUGUAGAGGACUAAUGAUCGCUGCGGUCAGCCUGGGAUUUUUCGGUUCCAUUUUUGCACUCUUUGGAAUGAAGUGUACCAAAGUUGGAGGCUCAGAUAAAGCCAAAACUAAAAUUGCUUGCUUGGCUGGGAUUGUAUUCAUAUUGUCAGGUCUGUGUUCCAUGACAGGCUGUUCCCUGUAUGCAAACAAAAUCACAACAGAAUUCUUUGAUCCUCUCUUUAUGGAGCAAAAGUAUGAAUUAGGCGCUGCUCUCUUCAUCGGAUGGGCAGGAGCCUCUCUCUGCAUCAUCGGGGGAGUUAUAUUUUGCUUUUCAAUAUCCGACAACAACAACAAGACGCCCAGAAUGGGCUACACGUACAAUGGACCCACAUCUGUCAUGUCUUCUCGGACCAAGUAUCAAGGCGGAGAAGGAGAUUUUAAAACCGCAGGCCCUUCAAAACAGUUUGAUAAAAAUGCCUAUGUCUAAAGAGCUCUGGCAAGCCACCUCCUGAGUUUGUUGUGCAAGAGAACUGUUCUCACAAUGGUCCUUCCAAGGCUCUCCUGUAAUUACUGCUUAAGCUGUUUUUUAAAAAUAUAAAUUUGAAGACUGUUGAUUGGAUGUAAAUGUUCUUAUAUACUAAUCAUUUUCUGUUGUGCCUUUCUGUAAGGAAAAUAAACAGGUUAUUUACA